AUGCCUCCCUGCUUUAAAGUACAAAGAAAGGAAGCGGGAGGGUUAGAGAGAUGGGGAGCUUCAGGGUACUCGAUUCCCCAGAAAACAACAUGGAUGGACCCAGAAAACCGCCGCCUCCGGAUAAUUACUAUCGGAGCAGGAUUCUCUGGGAUUCUCAUGGCAUACCAAAUGCAGAAAGAGUGCCAAAACAUGGAACAUGUUGUAUAUGAGAAGGACCACGAUAUCGGAGGUACCUGGUUGAAGAAUCGAUACCCAAAUGCGGGAUGUGACGUUCCCAGCCAUGCCUAUACAUAUCGAUUUGCUUUGUAUCCAGAUUGGCCCCGAUAUUUUUCCUACGCGCCCGAUAUAUGGAGUUAUCUGGAUAAGGUGUGCACCGUGUUUGAUUUGCGCAAAUACAUGCAGUUUCAUACGGAGGUGAUAGAGUGUCGCUGGGAUGACGAGAAAGGCCAAUGGAAAUGGCCCGAUAUCCCGGGAUUGCAUGAUCGAUUCCAGGGCCGGGUGAUCCAUACAGCUGGCUGGCCAGAUGACUAUAGAGAGCAACAGUGGAAGGAUGAUCGGGUCGCGGUCAUUGGAUCGGGUGCUUCCUCUGUGCAGGCCGUCCCAGGUAUGCAACCUCAUACCGCGCAUUUGGACGUGUUUGUGCGAACCGGAGUCUGGUUUGGUGUGUUGGCUGGCAACAACGGGACGCAAGCAAGGGUAUACAGCAACGACGAGUGCGCUGAGUUCCGUAAGAACCCAAAGACCUUGGUAGAGCAUGCAAAGAGUAUCGAGGCCGAAGUGAAUGGCAUGUGGGGGGCCUUCUACAGCGACUCCAUGGCCCAGAAGAUGGCCUCGGGCUAUUUUCGCAAGCGUAUGGCGGAUAUCAUCAAAGAUGAGGAAUUACUCCGGGGAUUCACGCCUACAUUUGGGUUCGGAUGCCGUCGCAUCACACCCGGUGAUCCGUAUAUGGAGGCUAUUCAACAACCCAACGUCAGUGUGCAUUUCACGGCCGCUGAACGCUGCACCGAGGAAGGAGUGGUUGGUGCGGAUGGUGUAGAGCGAAAGGUCGACACCAUUGUCUGUGCAACGGGAUUCGACAACACGUAUCGUCCACAUUUCCCCAUCAUCGGCCAACAUGGCAUCGACCUGCGAGACAAAUGGGACAAAUGUCCCGAGGCUUACCUUGGCCUAGCAGUUCCGGGGAUGCCCAACUACAUCACCUUCAUUGGGCCUUCUUGGCCCAUCCAAAAUGGCAGCGUCAUGGCGCCGCUACACUCGGUAUCAGAGUAUGCAAUCCAAUUCCUGAAGAAGAUGCAAAAUGAAAACAUCCGCAGUUUUGCACCAAGGCAGGAUAUCACCGAUCAAUUCAACGAUCAUGUACAGGAAUGGGUGAAGCAUACUGUGUGGAAGGACGAUUGUCGCAGCUGGUAUAAAAACAACGAAACAGGACGUGUCAAUGCUAUAUGGCCCGGGUCCUCCCUGCAUUAUCAGCAGGUGGUCGAUCGUCCGCGGUAUGAAGACUUUGAGAUUCGGUACUUUGAUAGCAAUCCCUGGGCUCAUCUUGGGAUGGGUUGGACCAUCCUGGACCGCGAAGGAGGAAAGAAAGCAGACGUUUCCCCCCAUCUCUGUUUGGAAAACAUUGAUCCCAUAUGGUUCAAAGCGAUGGGCGGAGACAUCAAUGCACUCAAUCCCAAUUCAACGGUAAACCCGGGGAGAACAUGA